AUUCACAAGUCACCAGCGCACCAUUCGACCAGAAUAAUUAUGGUAUUGGCAGCAUUGGUGGUAGAGACACGCUAUCAGAGCAAGAAUUGGUGGAUUAUGCGCCAUUUUUGUUGCCUUUAGUGGGCUUCCUCGAGCAGCUUGGUCUCGCCUCACUAUCACAUCGUGAUAAGUUCGGGACACUCGUUGACAUGGCAUUGGGACUCUCUUCAAGAUUCCCCCAGCAGCCCAACCUCUCGCACAUAAGCGAGGAGGCCAUUUUGGCAAGGACUCGUGAAAGUAGAAUAUCGGAGGUCACCCAGCUGAAUCUACACGGCCUUGGCAUUUGCAGAAUAGAAAUGCUGGAUACUUGUUCCAAUCUGCAGAGUCUCUCUUUGAGCUGCAACAACAUCAGGACAAUCGAAGGGCUGGUGAUGCUUCAGCAGCUGACUUUUCUCGACCUCAGUUUCAACUUGCUCAGUCGCGUGACAGGCUUAGUUGGCAACCCCAGGCUUCAGACGGCUUUAUUGAAUAGUAACAGCUUAAAUAGAUUAGAUGACUUGAAUAUUAUACGAAGCAGUAUACCAGGGCUUGUCGAACUAGAUCUGAGAGGAAACUCCUUGACCAAAGAACACGCCUACAGAUCAAUCGCGCUGCUGAGCCUGAGCACCUUAAAGCGCCUCGAUGGCAAGUCCAUCCAGGGCGCAGAGAGGGAAAGUCUCCGGCUACCUCCGGUUGAAUUGACGAUCAAUCACAUUCGCUUUGGCGCUCGUAAGUACCAUGGGGCGGCAUUGGGAGGGCAUUUUGUGAGGUUAGAAGCCGAUGAGCUGGAUUCCUCCGAUACGAGUUGGUUAGGCGCAAUCAAAAGUCUUAGUGUCAAUCACGCCGGGCUUGCUCGCCUGCGGAAUCUCGAGGGUCUCACACAGCUCUGUCACGCCUCGUUUUCACACAACUUGCUUUUGAACCUAGAUGGUCUCUCAUUUUGUACAGCGCUGGAGGAUCUAUUGGCUGAGGAUAACCGCAUAAGCGCAUGCACAACGCUGGAAGCAUGUCGAGAGUUGAAAAAGCUUGAUCUCAGUCACAAUCAACUCAGCGUCAUUCGCAGUUUAGAGUCCUUGCGGAAUUUGACUCAGCUAUCUCUCGAAAAUAAUUUUAUAUCCAGCUUGGCUAGCAUUGCGCAUCUCACGAGUCUCAUGGAGCUUUACAUGGGAAACAAUGACAUAGAAGCAAUUCAAGAAAUAGAUUAUUUGAAGCACUCUCCAAAGCUCAUAAUUAUGGAUCUUUCUGGGAACCGUCUUUGCGCUGCUUUGAACUUCAAUAUGGAUUCCCUAGAAGUCCUGCAUUUGGCUAACAAUCGUGUCAGCGACAUAAAUGAUCUUCAACUGCAUCGCUGCCCGCAUCUCAAGGAAUUGCAAUUGCAAAAUAAUUACACAUGCUAUGUUGGUGGCUUUGACCAUUGUUCACAGCUCCUUAAACUUGACACCAGCAAGAACCGGGUCCGACAAGUACCUUCAGGUGGUCUCAUUGGACUAUCUGUGCUUAGAGAGUUGCGGAUGGAAGAAGCAGGUCUGCGAACACUGGCCAACCUCGCGCCCUUGAAGGCCCUGAAUCAUCUUCAUUUGGCAUUCAAUCGAAUUAAUGAUAUCGGGGAGCUUGAAAAACUUGCGGGCGUGGGUUUUAUUACAGAGAUUACAUUGUGCAAUAAUCCAAUUGCACGCAGGCAGCUCUACAGGCCUACUAUAAUUUGCCAAAUUCCUUCAAUCUGCUGGAUUGACGGACGCGAUGUUGGUGAGGAAGAGAGAGAGCGAGCAGAAUUAUUCCUCAAGACCGAGCAGCCCCUAAAGUUUUUUUGGCAGGAUAUUCAGCCAAGUGUGACAACACGCCUGAACUCCACAAUUGCGCACUCAACCACGUCGAAUUCGGAUUCAAGCGUCAUUUUGCGUCGACUACCUCAACGAGGGGCCUUUAGUUUGAGUCCAGCACAAGCCGCGAAGCGGGGCUGACGCUGCUAUUGCCGCUCCAGAGCCGUCGGAUGGCUCUCCCCAGCCGACUUUUCCUCUGCUCGCAUAAGCCGCUAAGCUCUCUUAGCAUUUGCACCUCUUCUGCCCGCUGCAGCAGCUCCUCCAUUCUAGAUGACAUGCUUCCCCUAAUGUCCACCAAAUGUAAAGGGAUUUAACUAUG